GAAGUGCGAUGCCAGAAGCGGUUAGUUCAACUCGGUCCGACCGAGAGCGAAAGAUAACAACAACAAGCUGAAUGUUUUAACGACAUCAAAUGGGCUAUUUCAUGGCCGUUAGAAAACAUAACGCGGUUCCAGUUUUUGUAACUGUAGUUUGAAGUCGGUUUGCGCACCGAGACGGUACGAACAGGGCGAACACGUCGUCCUCGUGAUGGGGGACAAGGAGCUGAGUCUCAUCGACAAGAAUAUCACAAGUUUGCUGGAUAUUCCCCUGAGUCCCACUGUAACAUCACUCAAUCUGCACUGUAAUCACAUCCCGAGGAUCGAGGGCCUGACCUCAGCUUGGCACCUGCGGCACUUAGACCUUUCUUCCAAUUGCAUUUCCAAGAUUGAGGGUCUGACUUUCCUCACUUCCCUGAGGACAUUGAAUUUAUCCUGCAACUUAAUCACAAAGGUUGAAGGACUGAAAGGCCUGGUGAAUCUAACACGAUUAAGCUUGUCCUACAACCAGAUAAAUGACCUCACUGGGUUGUUGUAUCUGCAUGGUUCGGAGUACAAGCUGAAGCACCUCAGUCUCCAUAGCAACCACCUGGACCGCAUUGAUCACCUGCUGCAGUGCCUGCUGGGAUUGCAAAGCUUAAGAGAGGUGACUUUGAGCCAGGAUGGCAGAAGCAACCCUGUGUGUGGGUCACCAGGUUACAGGGAGAUUGUAAUGCAGUCGCUGCCACAGAUCUCCUUCCUGGACGGCUUGGAUCGACUGGGAAAUCCGUCACACCGAGGUCCUGGCAGUCUCUGUGAUAUCCCUGGUCUGGAGGACUAUGUGGACAUCCUGCUUUCCUCAGAUACAAGUCACAAUGAAAUUUGUAGAGAGGAUGGCCCUCUCACCACGCCCCACAUCAACAAGGUGCUGACCCAGUUUCGUCAGCGGGCUGCGUCUGAAGCAGUCACAGAUCCGGGCGCACAACCGGAACGCCAGUGCCUCCACACAGCUCAGUCCACUGUGGCCGAUCCUGCAGACCCCGCCAAUGAGGGACGCAUCAGGAAACUGGAGCACCAGGUGUCGCAGCUCAUCCAGCAGGCCCCUGCGGGUGACAAAUCCAUUGACUCCACUCCUUCUGCGGUGACAUUACGAAAAGCCAAGAGGGACACGGAUCGCACGUCAGAGAGUGAGUGUGACAGCGGGAAGGAGAACAGGAGGUGCAGCAGAAUCCCCAAACAUCGUAACAACAUAGAAAGGAGGAUGACCAGCAAGGAGACCAGACACAGGAGAUCAGACAGUGAUCAGGAGAAUUGUAAACAGAGGAGUUCAAAGUCUGCUGCGGGGCCCAGGAGGAAGCCUGGCGACACAGGGGGUGUAAACGCAGCAGGGUCAUCGAGGAGUGGACCUUUGAGAGCUGCAAAGGCCUCAGGCGAUGUGAAAAGCAAGUCCACUGCGGAGGAGGAAACCUACAGGACUAUUGUUGAGGAGCGUGACCAGGAGCGGGAGAGGCGUUGGAAGGCCGAGCAGGCUGUGAGGAAGCUAAUGGAGGAGCUGAAGUGCCUCCAGACAAAGGUCAGCGAGGAGAAAGACCUUCAGAGCAUGGCCCUGCACACCACAGACAGACUGAAGGAGUUGUUGCUGAAGGAGCGAUCAGGGCACUCUGAACUGCAGACUCGUGUUGAGGAGCUGGAGGAGAGGCGUCAGUCACUAACCCUGCAGCUGGAGAAGGCUCGCGGCAGUGAAGAACAACACAAGACUGCGCUGCACCGACUGGAGGAAAGCAUUUCCCAUGGAGAGGCACUCAGGGCUCGCCAGCAGGCUGAAGAGAUGAAGCGGCAGCAGGAUCUGGAAAACAAGGCCGCAGCUCUGAAGAGGGAGUUGGACAUUCAGAGAGCCUCCGUACGCCAGCACAGAGACAAACUGCAGCAGCUGCAUGAACUGCUGGCGUCCAGAGAACAAGAGCACAGAAAGCAGCUGGAGUCGCGGUUGCAGCCCGGCGGGGCGGAUUUCUGUGAGGCAGUGGCGAAAGAAGUAGCAUCAGUGGAACAGAGACUCGGUCACAGGGAGGCAGAGCUGCAGGAGAAACUGGCGGAUGGCAGGAAACAGUACGCGGCUCUGGAGGACGAGUUCCGCAUGGCGUUAACCAUCGAGGCCGCUCGCUUCUCUGAGGUGAAGGAGGCUUGUGAUCAGAUGGCCACAGAGCUGAUGGUGCUCAAGGCGUCCCUCGGCCAGUCCCAGCAGAGGGAGAAGAGAUCUGGCUCUUUGGUGCAGGAGCUCACAGCCAUGGUCAAAGAACAGAAGAGCCGUAUCGCUGAGCUCAUCAAAGCCAAGAGAGACACUGUCAAUGAUCUAAAGAGCCGUCUGCAUUCCUUGGAAGCAGAGGCUGAGCAGGACCGGCGUCUCAGCCUGCAGCUCGAGUUGCUCAAGAAAGACAAGGCGCGGCUUCUGUCUCAGCUCACAGCACAAGAGUCGGUGAUAGACGGCCUCAGGGCAGAGAGGCGGAUCUGGGGCCAGGAGCUCGCUCAGCAAGGAGUGUCUUUAGCUCAGGAUCGUGGGCGCCUGGAGGCCAGGAUAGAGGUGCUGAGCACUGAGCUCGAGACACAGAAGAAACAGAAUGUGGGGGACAAUGAUGCCCUCAAAAUCAAGGCCAAAAUCAUUGAUGACCAGACGGAGACCAUCCGCAAACUCAAAGAGGCUCUGCAGGAGCGUGACGAUCAGAUCCGAAGGCUGCGUGAGGAGGCAGUCCAGGCCCAGAAGAGGUUCCAGCAGCAGCAGGAGGAGGACAAAGCCCGGCAGGCUGAGCUGAGGGAGCGGCUGGAACACCUCAGCCUGCGCAAGGAGGAGCUGAAACAGCAGCUGGAGGACAAAGAGACCGAGCUCGAGGAGAUCAAAAGAGUUCACAGUGUUUCCAGUCAGAAGUGGCAGGAGAAGGCAGACCUGCUCACUCGGUUGGAGAGCCAGGUGAAACGCAUGAAGGAGAACUUUGAUUCCAAGGAACGCUCGCUGCUCGAAGAAAGAGACAAAGCAACGGAAGCACAAAAAGCUGCCGUAGAGAAGUUACACUGUGUGGAUGAUGCCUUCCGGCGACAGCUGGAGUCUGUCCAGGCUGCUCAUCAAGCUGAGCUGCUACGGCAAGCUCAUGAAAAGCAGAAACAGAUAGAACGAGCCAAUCAGAAGGUAUUUGACGUGGAGGAUGAGAUGCGUCAGCUUCUGGAGGAGACAGAAACUACCAAGAGACUCAUGGAAGAGAAAAUGAAACGUCUCACAAGUGUACUGAAAGACUUUUGACCCAUAAAAUACGUCCUGUUUUGCGCCCACUGAAAUGUAUAGAUUGAAACACUGGAUUUGUAUUUUUCUUUAUGCAAUUACAAUUUACUAGUUUUUAUUUAUUAAUUUUAAUAUUGUUAUAGUUUUUAUAUCAUGAUUUAUCUAAUAAAUUUGCUCUUGAGCAUAA